AUGAUAAAGUUCUCAAACAUGACAACUAUGUUAUAUCUAUUAAGAUAUAAUAAAAUAGUGAUUAUAUUUGUGUCGAUUGUCUGCUAUUUGGUGUCACUUCGGUCUGAGUUUGUCUUCGACGACACCGAAGCCAUACUCAACAACAAGGAUGUGAUGAGUGACACAACUUUGAGUCAAGUGUUUGCCAACGAUUUCUGGGGCACAACAAUCACACAUAACUCCAGCCACAAGUCUUUCCGACCCCUCACUGUCCUCACCUUCAGAUUCAUAAGACGUUUGGAUCAAUUGAUUUACUCGACAACUGAUCCAACCAUUGAAAGCCCAAUAAAUGCCUAUUUAUUUCACUUAUCAAACGUUAUAUUGUAUGCGCUUUUAAAUUGUUUACUCUUUCAUGUGUUGAAUAAACUUUUGAACAUUUUUUGCGCUAAACUUCAAACUUUUGAUAAACAAAACCCUUUGGAAGUGAACGAAAGAAAUGCAUUUUUAGCGACAAUUGUGUUCACUUGUCAUCCAAUCCAUUCCGAAAUUACGUUUGGUAUGAAUUGCUUUGCGAUCAUAAGUUUAUCUGCAAUGGGAAUGCUUUUCAAAGAGCAGGGCAUCACUCUUAUAGGUUUAUGUCUAAUACUUGACAUAAUUCUUAUAUGUGACCGAAAAUACAAUAUUGAGACCAAAGCACUAAUAUAUAGGAUAGUAUUGUUAAGUAUUGGCACUGUUUUGGUGCUAUUAUUGAGAGGAAUAGUCAUGAACUUCAGUGGACCUCAAUUCCAAAGAGGAGACAAUCCGUCAUCAUUUGAAGAGUCAUUUUAUAUACGAUUUAUUAAUUUUAAUUAUAUUUAUGCAAUCAAUGCAUGGAUUUUGUUAUAUCCGGAUUGGCUUUGCUUUGAUUGGUCGAUGACAUGCAUUCCGCUCAUUAAAACCAUAUAUGACUAUAGGAUUGCAUUUAUUCCUCUUCUUUGGAUUACUUUAUUACUUGUGUUUAAGUCAUCCUUUAGUCACAACUCAAAUAUAAGCCGACAAAUACAAAUAUCAAUAGCUUUUGGUUGCGUUUCGUUCAUUCCGUCGGCGAAUAUAUUCUUUACGGUUGGGUUUGUAAUCGCAGAGAGAGCUCUCUUUCUUCCAAAGAAACGAUUUCCUAAUUAUUGUAAAGUAAGAAGUUUUCAUACAAACCAUAUUCUGUUGGUUCCGAGGAAUAACUUAUAUACAAAAUUAUGCGUUUUCACAGAUUAUUCACUUAACAAUCGUUUUUAUUGUGAUUGUGUUUUCGAUGAAAACCAUUCGCGUGAGUUACCACGUAACUUUGAUUGGAUAGACGAGAAACGACUCUUCGAGUCCGGUCUCAGCUUGAACGCAAAAGUUCACUACAAUAUCGCCAAAAGUGCCGCCGAUUCUGGACUCAAAGAAAAAGCGAUCGAUGAGUACAGAGAAGCGAUUCGUUUGAAUCCAGAAUACGAACACGCGUUCAAUAAUUUGGCGAAUAUUCUCAAAGAAUUUGGAAAAUUGCAAGAAUCCAAACAAUUGCUUACCACAGCUGUCAACAUAAAGCCCACGUUUGCAACUGCCUGGAUGAAUCUAGGAAUAGUGGAAGCUGCGCUCAACGAGUAUAGAGAAGCAGAGAUUAGUUACUUAAAGGCCAUCAAACAUAGGAAUCGUUACGCCGACUGUUUCUAUAAUUUAGGAAAUUUGUAUGUCAAACAAAACCGUUUUGAAGACGCGUUUAUCGUUUGGAGAAAUGCCACUCAAAUCAAACCCAAACUGUUGUCGGCAUUCAAUAAUCUAAUCCUUAUGUUGGAUAACAUGGGGUCAUAUGAAAGAGCGCUUACGAUAGGAGUAGAAGCGCUUCAAUACCAUCCAAACGAAAGUUCACUGCAUUUUAAUUUCGCUAAUGUUUUGGGAAAAAUGGGAAAAUUUAAUGAAUCGGAAAUACACUUCAAGAAAGCGAUCGCUUUGUCGCCACAAAAUGCUAAUUAUUUUUCCAAUUUUGGUGUUCUUUACCACCGAUGGAAACAGCUCAGCAGUGGAUCCUCUCCAAGACAUUCUUCCAAAACUGGUUCCAUAAGAGAUGCCGUUAUUAAGGCAUUCAAUGGCAUUAAGCGGUGGCAGAGCGGAGGCACCGCUGGAAGUGCCUAUCGACUCAACUCUUCCUGUGUGUCAAAUAUCAUGACCACGAAUGGAGAUCCCGGGACGUGCUCUCCCGACCACUUCACUUCGAUUCGCGUUAAACAAGUAGUGUUAGUGUUUAAUACCUUUUGGGCCGCGAAUUCUGAGUCACUCGACUGGGCGUGGCCGCGGGGCUCACAGCGUUUACUUAGACGAAACUAUCUCUCCCUCAUGAGGCACAAGAUAUGGGCCUGGAUAUUGAGCGUGAAACCUGCGCAGGCCGCGAGGUCGCUAGCGUAA